UGAAUUCAUUCUACAAAAUGAUAGCCUUUGUUCUCACUUCAACCACGGCAAAAGGUCGUUCCCGAUGCAGGUGCACGUGCACUGAUAUACGAAGGCACGGUCUGAACGUUAUUCACCACCAGAUCAGAGGGCCUCCCUAAACCACAAGGAAGACUGAGCCCAAGGGAAUGGUAUCCUCCAUCGUCCGCGCCUCUGUCUGUUUGCACUGUCGGAUAGCGACGUCCCCAUCCCUCCGAUCAGCCACACUCGUUGGACGGCGAACAUAUGCUCGAUGUUUCUCAUCAUCGUCGCUGUCACAGGAAGGAACUCCUGAUCCUCUGGCGCGGUUUAAGGAUCUUAUCUCGGGUAAGGAAGAAUCUAAGGAUUCAAAUGAUGCAGAGAAGGACAGUGAUUCUUUAGCAUCGGCAUCGAAUCCUUGGGCUGCUGCUCUUGGGAAAUCGGUGGAGGAGAACAGUGCUGCGAUGGAGCCUCCAGUGGUAUUAUCACCAGAACAGACCUCUGAUCAGCCAUUCUAUUUCUCCAAAGACCUACACCAAUCAUCCGGUCUCCGGCCCUCCGGGUCAGAGUUCAUGGAUACCGUCGAAUCCUCCGCCCCCAUGCCCAGGAAAAAUCGGCCCCUCAUGGUCCCCCUCCGCGAUGUGAUGCCAAACCACAACAAAAGACCUAACAUCGGACUCUUAAAACUUAAGGAAUCCGUGAAAUCCGUGAAGCCUUUGGAAGCAAUGACCUUGGACCUUCUCUCCAGCGAACUUCUCGCCCCCGUGGAGGCAGUGGACCCAACACCCGCUGAAAUUGAACGGCACCGGCCUGCUAAAACUAUGGUUUCUCCCGAGCGUUACGAACAACUCGUUUCUGAAUUAAGAUCUACGUUCGGGAAGAAGCAGCUCUACAACUACGCGAAAAUGAAGAACAUGCGUUCAUGCUCGUCGCUAACAAAGAGCGGAUUGAUCAAGCGCAUCAUCGCCGAACUCUGGUCCGUCACGGUCGGUCGUGAAAUCACCGAUGACGUCGUAAUCACCCGAGAGUUUGCAUCCUCCGCCCGCGACCUUUUCUUCGUCCUCUCGAAGGAUGCCGAAGUCCUCCGAUCCUGGGCAAGAAAAUGCGACGCCCGUAUCCAAGUCGACGUCGAUUCCUACAAACUUAUCGUAUCCGCCACCCCCUUCGACCUAAAACGCUUCGAAGGGAACCUCGAAACCUUCCUCAGCGAUACCGAAACCGAUGUGUUUGACUUAUCCGCCUUCAAGAAUGGUGCCGCGACGAUCACGGAUAAGGAUAUCUCUAGAAUUGCGCAGCUGAGUAGGACGUUUAUUGAAAGAGUAGGGGAUAAUUCGCUGAGCAUUACGAGUUUGGGGACGAAGAGGACGCAGAGGGAUAAUGCGAGACGGUUGUUGUUGACUGCGCUGCACCUACCCUCAACCCUACACACGGUACUCUUACAACAUGCACCGGAGUCAACGGAGAAGACAGAACAAAACAAGAGACCGACGUUGGGUGCGUAUCGUGUGAUGGAAGACGAUGCCCUACCAUGGUGGUCCCGUACCCUUCCUUGGGCUCGUCUCGCGAACCUAAAGGAAAAACCCAAGCUUGAUGUUCACGAAUCAUCCCUCCCAAAAGACCUCGGACUCGUCUUGGGUGACAGGGUCGUUGCUGACCUCGCUGCGGAGGAGUUGCAAAACACCCCAUCUGGCCAAGCUAUUUCGGGCAGGACUGGGUUGGAGGUCGUGCUUGUUGAUGAGAAGACGUCUGCGCCGGAGGCGAAGAGGAUUGGGCCGAUGAAGGAGGUGCUGAAGGAGGUUUUGACUACUACUGGUCCAAGCACGGAGAAGGAGGGCUUGAAGGUGUAUGAGCAUUAUGAUGCGGUGAUUGGACAUGUGCUUCAUGCGACUGAAGAAAACACCACCCUCAAACGCGUCAACAGCGUGGCGGAAUUAGCGAAAACUCCCGUCCGCGAACACGGCAAACCCGCACGUUUAUUCAGUCACAAUAUCCCCUUCAGGAGCGACAUUUUCACCAAUUGUUCCCCUAUGGACACAACGAUCAGUAGCGUGAUCAACUCCCACGACGAACAUCUCUACUCAUUCUGUAUCCGCCUCAUGCCAUCCCCGUGGGCACACCCAGAUACUUACGCCACCCUCCCGUCCCUGGAGGUGUUCCUCCAACUCGACUCUCAAGGGAACCACGUCGAACCUCAUAUUCAGGCGGUACACAAACAGGUGUUGGCGGAGGUUUUGCUGCCGGAGGCGCAUGCGGAUAUUGCGGUUAGGAGGAAGGUGUACAGUAUUGUUGAUGAGACGCAGGAGAGUGUGGUUGAGUUCUUGGCAUGUUCGAAGUUGAACCCGUGGAGUGGGACGAGACUUCACGUCCCUGCUGACCUGAAACUCCGUGUUGAUCCCUCUUCCGAGGAAGAAGUCAGUUACGUCUUCACGCAGAUGGAAUACCGUCGUGAAUUCGAUUACAAUCAAAACGGACUCAGACUCCGUUCUGCUGUGAUUGAUGGUGGGUUCUCCGGUGGAAGGAGAACGGAGACGAGGUUGAUUUGUGGGAUGCCGAAGGUUGUGGGAGACGAGGGGGUUGAGGAGAAGGCUUGGGAAAGGUUCGUAGAGGAUCUUGCUGGGAUGGUGAAGAUGUUGAGGACGCCAAGUGGGAUCUUUGGGAAGACGACGGUGUUGUUCUAAGGUAUUACACCUCCCACGGUUCUAAGGUAUUACCGUAGGAGGGGCUUGGGAAAGGCUGGGAAUUGCUCGGCAUCUUGCAUAGAACUACAGAAAGCAAGCAGACAGUAUGGAGCAAAGUUUCAUCUCGCAAGAACAAAAUACAUAGAUGUGUCACUCCUUCCCAGGCGUUUUCCGUGGAACUUCUGGCUCAUUUGUCUCCCCUAGCUUCAUUGACCCCGCAACUACGCCGCCGGCCCGCCGCCGCAAGCUACAGAAAACGUCGAAACGAUC